AUGUCUUUCCUGGAGCGUCCCCUCCCCUGCGAUGAUGACUUUAGUCUCCGUGGCAGCAAGAGGACAUCCGGCAGCCUGGCCGACGUAGCGCAAUUUGUCAACCCUCAGUAUACGCAGCUCGGAUUCUUGACUCCGGAAGCAUCGCCAACAGAUGCUACACCUCGCCGUACAUCAUUUGCCUUGUCCGAGAAGAGGAGUACCUACUUCUCGGGUUCAUCAGCAGCGUCCUCUUUCGCGUCCCAAUCAGGAUGCGGGACACCGUCUUCAUCAACCCCGGGCUCGUCAGCAUCGAAUUCACGCCGUCAAUCGCUACUACCAGAGAGUCAGUAUUACCUAUCUGCCAUUUCUUCAAGCCCGUCAAAUCGUCCCCAAAAGCCGGAGAGGGCUGCAGUCACUGAUCAGUUGCCCUUGCAAGAAUCUUCGCUCUGGUCAUAUAUCACAAGCACAGAUACAGCAUCGUUGAUCACCGACGGUGCGGCAGCUUGUAUGCCAGGAGGCGACUUUACCAUUGUAGCUCAAACUGAUUCUCCGUGGUUAUAUGGGAGGGCAGUACAACCUGCGCAGAUUGACGAAUCGACAAUUUUGAGCCGUGAUCUCGAAGCAGAGUUCAACAAUCCGAUCGCUGCUGGAGCUUCUCACACCUUUGAACUCAAUCAACCCCUUUUCAAUUACGGACAGCCCACGAUUUUCGAAAGUCCGCCCCCGCAGCCAGACACAGAAAUGUACGACGCAGCGGGCGACUCCAGCCCCAAUGCCCCUUCGCUAGCACCACCAUUUGAAGUAUGGCAGGGAAAAUACGACACUGAUAGCUUGAUGCCAAAUGCUGCGACAGCGGACCUCAUUAGGCAAACUCUCAAUAGCUCAUCGCACAAUUCGAAAAGAUUACUGAGUGCUUUUAUUUACCCUCUUCCGUCCGAUGAUGAUUCGGAACGCGACCAUGCAGCCUGUCAGACUGUCAACAAACGCAACAAGAGGCAGAAACAGGGCCAGGAUAUGUUCAAUCGCGAGCCGCGGCCUAAUCACAAACCCCACAAGUGUCCACACUGCAAGUAUGCGUGCAACCGCCAGGAGCAUCUGCGAAGACAUGAGAUGUCUGUACACGAUCCGAAAGAGAUGCUUCCGUGCGCAUUUGACGGGUGCAUAGACCGCAAGACUGGCGGGCCUCGGGAGAUCAUAUGUCGUUCGGACAACCUGAAGGCACAUUAUACCAAGACACACUUCAAGUAUGGCAGCAGUGAAAAGGGUGGUAAGAACUAUAGAAAGUCCAUGAAAGCGGCACACGAAAAGGGUCUUAGUGUGUACGAUCCUAGAUGGACAUUGUUGCUUGACAGAAAGAUGAAUGUCAAUCACGAAAUCAAGGACCACCUGCAUGUUUGGAAAAUGCUGGGCUACUCAAUUCUCGAGACUAGGGACACAAAGGUCCAAGACGUAGUACCGGAUUGGCAAGGACUAGGUGAUAAAACACUCCAGAAGGCUGAUCCACUCCAGAAGGCUGAUCCAAGGUGGAGGGCAUUGUGGGAUGGAACCCUCACCUUCGACAAAGCCAUGGAGAGGGGACAAGAUAUGAAGGAAUCAGAAGCGCAAGGGCUGCUAGGGGUCACCAUGUUGGAGACAGAGGCUAUGGGAAUUAAGCACCUUGAUCCUCGAUGGACAGAAAUACUCAGCGGCCGCAUGAGUGUGGAGCAGUCAGAGAAGCUUGGAGUAAAGCACAGGAAUCCUGUGUGGAAAGAGGUUGCCAGGCACAGGACUCGAUUAUGA